AUGAAAAUUCUUCUCAUUCUUCUUUCGGCCAUUUUUGUUUCAUCAAAAAUCACCGUUCUCAUUCGAGCCCCUAAAAUUAACUGCACGGAUGAGCUUCAGAAGACUUCUGCAAACUGCUCGACUUCGAUGCCAAAAUCAGCCAAACCCAAAGAAAUUUCCAAUGAUGUUAUGUUGCCUGGACUCUCCGCUCCCCCUGAGGUAAGCUUAAGCUUUAAACAGGGACUAUAAGUAAAUCAUGUGUUUUUUUCAGACUUGGUACUCCGAUGCUAUCUCGAUGGUUUUCCAGACUCAUUUCGUUAUUCUCCAUACUUUCACAAUGUUCUUAUUAGUGCUGAUCUUUGCUUUUUUGAUUGGGAUUCUCUGGAACAUGUUCCUUGAUUGGUCGACAUAA